ACCCUCGUAGAACAAUUGAAAUGUCAUUUGGCAGGAAUGCCAAUUGGUCGUCGUCGAUUCAUUCAUAGCUUCUGAUCGAUCACCGGAUCAAAGUUCAAAAUGUGGAUGUACACCGGGCUGAAACGAACCGCCUCCAAUUACGGGAAUUCGCUACUUUUUCCAUCCCCCAAUGACGCCAUGAUGUUUUGAGUUCUAAAAUGACGACUCACAACGCUAUUGAAUGCUGGACGUUUUGAAGUAACAUACUCACGAUGGCAAUUAAGGCUUCCGUUCUUUGCCACGUCGUCCUCAUGAAUACGCCUUUUUUAUGCCAGUCAUUCUUUGUUUACCAAAGAACUUUUCACUUUCCAUCGUGACGCAUGGAGUUAGUUGGUCAAGUUUGAAUCCUUGAGAAGGUUGUGCCGUUCAUAACAAGAAGAAAAUAACCUGCCAGGGAAUACCUAGAACAUGGCUUGUGAAGUAAUUGCUGCCCAGAAUGUAUUUGCCUUACAAUUUUUGCCUCAUCGAGUGGAUUCGGCUCAAAGACAAUUCUUCGAAACUCGUCGCAAAUCCAACUUUGAUUUGCUGAACGUCAUCUUCGGUAUCGGUUUAGGGACUCUGCUACAAAAUUAUGGCCGGAAUUUGAAUGCGGAUGUGCUUUCUACAGCUGACCUGUUUGAGAGUGUGGGAUCUAAUUUGGUAUCGGUCUCGUUUGCCAUUCCCCGGGUGGCCCGAGUGAGACCCGUGAGGCCGGAUUGUGAUUUGGGCAAUCGUCGGAUUUUUCAGGCCAAAAGGGAUCUGAGGUUCCAAAUUGAGGAGGCCUGCCAAUGUCCGGAGACGCGGUUGGACACAUUUCGGAAACUCAAAUCCUUACACGAACUUCAAAUUUCGGCCCAAUGUUCAGGACAAGAAUCAACAUUGGAACAGAAGCUGCUCACGGAAACCAUUGGAUUGGCUCAAAAAUCUCUUUUACGCCAAUAAGAGAUGAUCAAUGAUUUGAAAUGAAAUGGGAAAAAGACGAUUGCUUUCGAUAUGAAUAGUACGACCAUGUCAGAGAUGAAUUGGUUUUUGUAAAUAUCUUUUUGCUUUGGUUUAUGCUACUUCUUUAGGUUUGGAAACUUCAUAACAAAAUGUCCAUGUCAACGUCAUUCAAGAUCUUUGAAAUCGCUGCAAAUACACUUCUUGAUAGUUUAA